UUCAAACGCAGCCGGAGCAGCAACAGUUCGGAGGAGAAAACAAACGUAGCGAUGGAAGUUUCGUGUUGAAGUUCGUGACGUGAAACCGUGAAACCGUGAAGCACCGGAGCAGGAGGCGACUCGCGAGGGAAAGGAGGUUCAACCCAGAGGGAGAUGGACUUCUCCUCGUAUCUCCAGAGUUUUGAAAGCAGGCUGAGCUCGUACACCGGAGACGACCCUUUGGAUCCAUGGGACAAGUUUGUGGAGUAUCUGGAGCAGAGACUCCCGGAGGACGGGGACAGUGGGAUCUCCGUGGUGUUCGACAGCCUGGUGCAGAGGUUCCUGACCGUGGAGCAAUAUGCUAAUGACAUCAGAUAUGUGAACUACUGCAUCAAAUGUGCCAGUUACUAUUCCGACCCCAUAGCGCUGUACAGCCACGUCUUCAGUCAGGGCGUCGGCACCCGGACCGCGGCGCUCUACCUGGCCUGGGCUCAGCAGUUUGAGCUGAGGGGUUUGAAUGAGCAGGCGGACGCAGUGUACCAGAAGGCCGUGGAGAACCAGGCCCAGCCAGCCGACACGGUUCUCCAUGAAUACAGGCAGUUUCAAACCAGAAGCCAGGCGCCGGGAUCUGUGAAUCCUCUGCAGACCUCCCAGUUAACCAACCAGAUGACCUCCCACAGGGAACCAGUCGCCCAGAGCAAGGCCUCUGUGGAUUGGGCGGCCAAACCACCUGAAGUUAAAACCGUUGUGACACUCUCCCGCUCGGAGAACUCGGGGGUGACUCGUCAGGGCUCCGGCGCUCAGACCGUGUCGGAGUACAUGACGGAGGAACUCGCCUGCGACGGCUCUGAGUUAUCGUUCGAGGAAGUUCGGGCAGAGAAAUACUUCCGUAAGAUCCGGGAGACGAAGGAAAAGGAGCGGAGAGAAAACAUGGAGAAGAUGCUGAGGGAGGAAGAGGAGGGCGUCCGCCACAUCAAGUCCAUGUUGGACCAGGUGGUGCAGAAUCUGGAAACCUGUGGUGGUGUAAGCGGCCAGCCUCCGUCACAGAAGCCGUCUGUUGUAGAAGCUGCCGCGUGUCCCAACCCUCAUCCUACCCAGAAUCCCUUUGGGCGUCCUCGGCCCUCCAACCAUCUGAGCAGCAGACGCUCUCUCGGUUUGUCGUUACACGCCGAGUCGAUGUUCAACCAAGAAGCUCCUGCAGCCGCCGCCAGGCCUGCACCUCCUCCGUGGCUGAACCACGCCCACCCUGCUGACACAGACACUCUGAGCUCUGACCUAUCACAUCAUCCCUCGCUCCUUGCUGAGAGGAGCAUCCAUUGCUCUGCUCUGCAGCCGGUCAGCUAUGAGCAGAGAAACCUGUCGCUCCACAGACACGCCCCUUUCUCUGCUGUGGACGCCGACAGCCUCAGCCAUGAUGCCUCCGUUCUGCCGGACCGCUGGCAGAGCGGUCGACCACAGGAGCACAACGCCACACACCCGGACGUCAGUCAGCUGCAGGACGCAGAGGAGAAACUGAACGUGUCCCAGGGGGGCACAGCUAACCUGUCUCACAUCACUCCUAACACCUCACUGGGCUUUGUUCAGGCCACACCGUCCAGGGUGCUGCCGUCGCCCACGGUCAACACACGGGAAGCGCUGGAUGUUAUCAUGGACAUGUUCCAGGCUCCGACUCUCUUAGAAGAUCAGUUCAACGGCACAUCGGGGCUCCACGUGGCUGAGGGGGGGUUCGGAGGUGGAUACUCAAGAAAUGGAGUCGACUCCUCCUUCAGGAAUCCUCCGUCCGCUGCUCCGUUCACCAUCUUCCAGGACGACAAGGAAAACGCCAGUGCUGCUGCUCCAGCUGCGGUCGAGAAGCCCCAACCAAUCAGAGCCCUCGCUGUAAUCGCAGUGUCUAAGACAGAGAAACCUAAUGAGACUCCUCCGGACCUGAUCCCAGACGAGAGCACCAUGUGGGGAGCUCGCUACAACUCCCUCAACUCUCUGGACGCUUGUCCCAACAGCACCAGGGACUUCGACAUGCAGGCCCAGUGCGUCUCCACCCCCUUCACGCACAAGAACAUGUUCAGCAGCAACUUCUUCGAGGACCAAGAGAACAACUGUGAUGGCAGCGAAGGCGGUGAUGAUCCCUUCGUCAGACGCCAGCCCAAAAAACUAAGCCCCAUCAUAGAGCAGAGUCCGUCUGAUGACAAGCUCUCUGAGUCCAACAUGAGUCGCCUGGUUCCCUCCUCGGUGAGACAAGGCACCAUCGUGGGCGAAGGGCUCGCCAGCAGCCAUCACUGCCUGACCACCUCCUCCCUCACCAUGGUGCAGCCUCCUCCUCCCACCGCGCUCUCCUUCAGAGACCAGACGCUGUGUCCGGCUGACUCCUCCCUCCCGGGGACCUCCGGGCCCGGCUGGGAGGUGUACUCCAGCCCCGAGCAGCCGCCCAAGCCCGAGAGCUCAGUCGGACCCACAAGUGAACCAUUUCAAAUCUUUAAAGAAGAUGGAGACAAACCCUCCAGUCCAGAGCGAGUCGAGACCCCAGCCCACGAUGUCCCCAUGAGCCCAGCGUGUCCUCUCAAACUGGACUGGAUGUCCAUCAGAGGCCCCGAGGUCAAAGUGGAGCCAGAUCUGGACGCCUUCCUCAGUCCCCUUCGACCCAGGACGGCGGACACUGUUCCAAACAAGACCCUGGACGUCCCCAUGAGUCCAGAGCAGCCGCUGCUCUGUGCCGACGUGCCCAUGAGCCCGGAGCAGCAGUCUCUGCGGUUCAGCACUUUAGAUGAACCCAUGAGUCCCGACAGAGGAAUGACGGCCGGCGCUGACGUCUCCAUGAACACAGCCGGGACAGCGGCCGGCCCACUGGUGUCGGAUCCCUGGGAUAACGAACUGAUCUCUGGUCUGCUGUCUGCGCUAGCCCCGCCCCUCACCUCUCACCCCCGCUGCGUCACCUGGCCCUGCAACAUCCCCAACAUCAGCCCUAAGAUGACCAUCAGCAUGGGAAAGGCGUCCCUGCGAGUGGACUGCGUCCUCGGGGAAGGAGCCUUCGCCACCGUCUACCAGGCGACUGACCCCAUGACCUCAGAGAGGAUGAUUCUAAAGGUUCAGAAACCAGCCAAUCCCUGGGAGUUCUACAUCCACACCCAGCUGGACGCCCGGCUGCAGCCCGACGUGAGGCACCUCUUCAGCAGCAUGAGCUCGGCUCACCUCUUCCACAACGGGAGCGUGCUGCUCGGGGAGCUGCACAACCACGGCACCCUGCUGAACACGGUGAACAUGUACAAAGCCCUGAGCGACAAGGUGAUGCCUCAGCCUCUGGUCAUGUACUUCACCGUCUGCAUCCUGCACAUGGUGGAGCAGCUGCACAGCGUCCACGUCAUCCACGCCGACAUCAAGCCCGACAACUUCCUGCUGGGGGAGAGGUUCUUGGAGAACAAGUGUUUUGAUUCAGAGAGCUUGGACCACGGCCUCGUUCUCAUCGACCUGGGACAAAGCAUCGACAUGGAGCUUUUCCCAGAAGGCACUGCUUUCACCGCCAAGUGCUUGACGUCGGGUUUCCAGUGCACGGAGAUGCUCAGCGGGAAACCGUGGACCUACCAGACGGAUUUCUUUGGAAUAGCUGGGACGGUUUUCUGUUUGUUGUUUGGGACGUACAUGCAGGUCACGAAGGAAGAUGGAGUCUGGAGGACGAACGCUGUGUUUAGAAGGAACCCGCACAGCGCCCUCUGGCUGCAGUUCUUCCACACGCUGCUCAACGUGCCGGGGGGCGGCGCCCUGCCGAGCCUGCGGCGGCUCCGUGUGGAGCUGGCCUCCGUCCUGCAGCAGAACUACAGCAGCAAGCUGUCGUCCCUGAAGAGCCGCCUGGUGGUGCAGCUGCUGGAGAGUCGCAAGGCAGCACGGAGAUGA